AUGGCACACGCCAACCUGGCGCAUCGGCGCACACACAACCUCCUCCUGAUCUCGAAGUUGUUGAAUCAGAGGGACCAUGCGUCGCCGCUGACUCUUGUACUGGACACAUUGGAGCAGCCGGCAAGCCCACUGACACGAGAGUAUCUGCGCCGCGCCCGGAUCUCGCGAUCUACCACCAUCUAUCUGUCCUUCGAGACGUUUGCGAAGCCGCGGAAUGUCGACUUUUUCAUUGAAUGCUUUGGCGAGACACAGUCGCCGGAAAGGAUAGCGAGGAAGGCAGCCGAUGCCGUAGGGAAAAGCGGAAACAAGCGAUGUCUGAUUCUGAUAGAUUCUUUGGCGACUCUGGUCGCAAUGGCAACGGCCUCGUCUUCCAAACUGAAUUUGACGGCAUUUCUCUCAUCUCUCCUACAGCCGCCACAGAAUGCAGAGCAGCGAGGACAGCAGCCACCCCAGAUCUCGGUGGUUGCAGUCUAUCAUGCGGACAUCCCGCUACCUGCUCCCUCAACGAUCUCCGCCUCUACAAAUUCAUACUCUCCGUCACCCUUUUCGCUGCUUUCCUACCUCGCAACCACCAUCAUCACAGUCCACUCCCUGUCCAUCCUGCAUGCAGAGAAGCUGGCACAGGCAAAGUCACAUGUGGCGCCUGUGUUUGGUCUCGCCGAAGAGGUCGAGGGGGUGGUCAUCGGACUCAAGCCGAAAAGUGUGCAUUUGAGGGACCAGGAGCGUGGCAUAGUUCUGGAAUUGGAGCAUCGGAGGAAAAGUGGGAGAGGUGUUCUGGAAUGGUUUUUCCUGCCCACUGCCACGACGGCAAAGCAGCAGGGUGGUCCUCAAGCGGCCCGGGAAACGGUCACUUUACUGGAUGACCAUCCCCUGUUCCGCAAGCCAAAGGAGGACGAGACCCCUGAGCAAGUCCUGUCCGGGAUGACUUUUGAACUGGGUCUGACAGAUCGACAAAGACUAGAGCGGGAAGGUGUAGUGUUGCCGUAUUUUGAUGCCCAGAAAGCCGGCGGCGGGGAAGGCGGCAGGAUCUUGUAUGAUAUGGGCGCGGAGGAUGACUUCGAUGAAGAGGAAGAUGAAAUCUGA